UGAGAGCGAGGAGAGAAAGAAGAACCCAAAAUCCUGACGUAAGAAUAUGGAUAUCCAACACUUGUCACGUUCACCUUUUCUACUACUAAUGGGAAUUAUAUUUUUUUUUCAAAUCACAACAACAAACAAUCGCAUAAAAGAAAAACAAGCAGUGGGACCUAUAUAUAUUUAUUAAUUAUAUAUAUAUAUGGGAGAAGAAUAGAUAUGCCGUCGAUAUCAAGUAUGUUAACGAAUAAUACCAAUAGAAAUACAUGAUGGAGUAUCAUUCAGGAAGAAUAUGAAGGUCAUUUCAGAAAAAAGAAAGACAGAGAUAAACACAAUGGGUGCUAGCAUACUUGAUAUCGGUGGCAUACCCAACAUUUUCUCAUAUAUAUAUAUAUAUAUAUAUAUAUUUUCACAACAAACAACAAUGGCGCAGAAUAAUUCUCUCACUGUUUUCAGUAGUGAAAAAUACAGAAAGGUGUCAACAACAUCGCUGAAGAUACCCACUGGGCUCAAGUUCCUUCCCACUGAUGAACAGCUUAUCGAGAAUUUGUUUGCAAUGAAGGUUUCUUCCCAUCCAAUUAGUAGUGAAACGACGAACGUCUACUGGGAAAUCACCGACUGCGACUAUUUCUACAGUACUGAGCCAUGGAAUCUCCCCGGAGCAGAUAUUCUUGAGGAAAAGAAAGAGCAGCAGCUCUUUUUCUAUGCUCUUAACAGAAAAAAAGAAGAAUGAGAAAGGCUCAAGGAUUAAUCGGAAGGCUGGUGAUGGAUCUUGGAGGUCUACUUCUAAAGUCUUAGAAAUACCAUCCACUCGAACUUGGUUACCAAAGGGCUUUAGGAAAGUGUUGAAAUACCAUAGAUCUUCCAAAAAUGGAAAAAAAAAAACCAACAGAUUGGAUAAUGUAUGAGUAUAGAGUCGACACUCCUAAGUCGGAGCAAUUCCAACAAUAUUGGACAAUUUGCAAGAUAAGUCGGACUGGAAGGAGUAGUAUCCAUGGAGAAGAGACUCCAGCCACAACCACACAUGAUCAAGUAGAAGACAAAGGGCAACAAUCCUAUUACCAUUCCACAAUUGAUGGGACAUCCGGGGCCGGCGGCGCCGCCGGGAGUGUUACAUCCAUGCCAGAGUUUGAGAGAUCGAGCCAAGAGACAAGUGGCAAUAUCUCGGAACAGAUAAUGUUUACCAAAUUUGAUGAAUUUGAUGAAAUAAUUUGGUCGCCCUUCUUAAGAAAUGAAGAUCUUGUAUCAGGGACAACAGAAGGAGCAGAGCCAAUACAAUUUUAAUGGCUGAGAACGGAUUAGGUUCACGUACAAGAUUGUUCUUGUACGCUCUUGGUCCGCUCUCCUAAUUGCUAGUUGUCUCACUCUUUGACUUCUUUCUGUCAUCCGUUAUCUCUUUAAUAAAUUUAUUUGUUAGUAUAUUUUAAUUACAGGAUGGACUUUGGCUCAAUGAUAAGGUUACUCAGUUGUAACAUGUAGUCAGUGAGCUCAAAUUCAUAUAUGAACUUUAUGUUGUGGUUAUUGUAAUGAAAUAUGUAACAUAAA